UAGCUAGUCAAGUAGUGGAUGGGUGUACAAUGGCAUGUUAGUAGCUAGCUGGCCAGCAACUUGGUCUAAAGAGGCGAAACGUCAGUGUGACUCCAAAGAAAGACAUGGGGGUGACUUGCGUGUGUCAGGUGCCGGUUGCAGAGGGCAAGAGUGUGCAGCAGACGGUGGAUAUGCUGCACAGAAAGCUGGAACAGCUGGGGGCGGUGAAGCAGGGCAACUUCUGCGUGGACUGUGAGACAUACCACCCGGUUGGCAACACCUCCGGUCAGCCACCCAAGUUCUUAUACGUGAUGCACAAUUCGGAGACUCCACUGAGCUGCUUGGCCCUGUUCGAGGGCGGGCCUUGCCUUACGGCCGAUGGCAACUUCGAUGUGCUCAUGGUGAAACUCAAGAGCCACUUUCAGAAUUCCAAAGGCCACAAGGUGGAGAGCCGCGGCGCCCGUUACCAGUACUGCGACUUUCUGGUGAAGGUGGGGACAGUGACCGUGAGCUCCAGUGCACGGGGCAUCUCGGUGGAGGUGGAAUACUGCCCGUGCGUGGUGCCUGGGGACUGCUGGAACCUGAUGAAGGAGUUCAUGCAGAGCUUCCUGGGGCCCAGCGUCCCCGAGCUGCCCUCCGUCUUCACCGCCAAGCCCGAGGGCCUCUACGCGCCCGUGGACUGCUCCGACACUAUGACGCAGUACCUUGAGCUAUUCAGCAAACUGCGGAAGCAGCAGGUGGUGUCGGGCAGCAGCGUACGCUGAGAGACGAGGGUGGGGAGAGGAACGGAGGAGGACACGUACCAAUGCGCACCCCAAAUCCAACUCCCAGCAACACGGGGAAGCCAGGCACCGCCCCGCCCUCGCUUUUGGAGAGCACCGAAACAUCCUUCAGCUUUUCAGUGGCAGGAGUAUCUUGAGGAAUGUCUCAACGACGAAAUGUGUGUGGCCGACGGGCUUGGUGAUUUCAAAACAGGACAUUUUGAAAUCUUUAGUGGUUUACUUUUUUACGUCUACUCAGACAUAUUGUCUCAGUGUUUGUUUCAAGCAGUCUCAUUUUUGCAUGUCAAGGACAAAGUCAUUAUUAUUUCAUUGAUGCUGUUCAGUACAUGCUUUAAAA